CAGUCGUACUUUACCAGCACUACGUGACGUAGCGGUGAUGUAGACAAGUCAUCUGGUUUUGAAGAACGGAGAGAGUUUGGCGUUUCGUUGAUCAUAGCCCGCUCCCCGGGCUCACUCGGCACAAUUUUUGAAACAAACACAAAGAUGAAACUCACGCACCUAUUCCAUCCCAACAAAUGGGUCAAACGCGACGACAUCAAGAUCCCAGCAUUCAUAGAGAUCCCCGCCAAGAAUGAUGGAGAUGCUUCGAGCGAGUCGAGCACCAACUUUAGUGACUCCACACGAAGCGAAAAAAGGAACGGCAGGAGCAGCGGUGACAAGAAGAGGACCUCAAAACGGUCUGUGGUUGCGAACGAUCGCUCGGCGAAUGAAAAAGUGGUGUUUGACUUCUUGGCAGCCAUGAAUAAUCACUCCUCUGUGGGAGAAAAGCUCAGCUUCUUCUCCUCUGCUGCAGUCCCUGUCAAGUUUGAAGAUGCCCCAAGUGUAACGUCGGAGUUCUACAUUCUUGAAACCCACAAGGCACAGAAGAGUUUCCCUGAUAUCCAUUUUCAAUGGGUGUCCAUCAAGGAGACCAAAGCUGGGACCGUUCUUGUGGAGGACCUUCAAGUGGGUGGAACACAUACUGGUGAGCCGUAUGCCUUUGCCAACUUCCCUCCAAUCCCAGCAACAAACAAGCAUAUCAAUAAUGAUCCAGAAAGGUUGUGGAUCACUGUCAGGGAUGGGAAAAUUGCAAUAAUGGAUGUCAUUUCUUUGGGGGAUACCACCGGCCCCCUUGGCUUUUACACUCAGGUGGGCGGGAACAUGUAUAUGCCUCCGCCAUCAGAUGUUUCGCCUUCUGGUGAUUGAGCAAGCAUGGUGGAGGACAUUCGCGCCGCAGCAUCGUAUUCAAUCAACAUGAGAGCCAUUAUCCUUUUUCUCUCGGUUGACCCGACGUCUGCUAAAAGCUUGCCACGUUGUAGCGCGCUUGCUUUGGUGGGGGUAAAAUAGAAAUUAGAGUUGCGUUCUUCCCAG